CCAUAUAAACAUCUACCUCUGAAAGCUUGGCACAAGGAAGUAGAAGAAGAAGAAGAAAGUUGUAGAGAAAAUGGCUGGCUCUCAUGCGUUGCUGCUCCCCAUUGCUGUCUUCCUUGUCCUCUCCUUUGGCGCGGCCCCGUCUGCGUCUACCAACGACGCGGACUUGCUUCAUCAGGUCUGCAGCAAAGUGACUUUCAAAGAUCUCUGCAUUUCUUCCUUGGGCUCUGAUCCUUCCAGCAGCACCGCGGACAUAAACAAGCUCGCCGUUCUGUCAGUCCAAGUGGCCAAGGAACACGCCAAGGCUACGUACUCCUACAUCGAGCACUUGCUGAACUCGACCGCCGGCGAUCCAUCCCUGCAACAGUCCCUGACCGACUGCUCGGACGUGUACGUGGACAUCGUCGAGCAGCUCGAGGAUUCUAUCAGCGCGUUCAGUGAGAAGCAAUACAAGAACAUAAACACUUGGGUGAGUGCAGCCGUCAGUGAUGUGCAGACGUGUGAUGACGGGUUCAAGGAACAGCAAGUAGAAAGGUCUCCAUUGGUGCAGAAGAAUGCAAUUACCUCCAACCUCUGUAGUAACGUGCUUGCUAUCCUCAAGAUGCUUGGUUGAACAUGUUCAGGAUCGCUUUAGUAAAUUUUAUUUUUCUCGUUGUUCUUUGUUCUCAAGGCUGUACUUUGGUUUUCUGUAAAGCCAAAUCUCUGAAAGUGAUAUAAGAUGAUGUCAUAAAUACUUUCUUGAGGA